AAUGAAGAAGAAAAGAAAAAAAAUGAAAGAGAGGAAUAAUAAUAAGGAAGGCUCAUAUAAUAGUCCCAUCAAUCUCAUCUCUUUUCCAUUUCUCUCCAACUUCCCCUCUCUUCUUCUCUCUCUUCUUCUCUCGCUCCUUUAUCGCCGUUUCUGUAUCUGUGAGUUUUAUCAGUAUCCAUUUCGAUGAAGAAACCAACGCCAACGGCAGUUACGCAAGACGAGUGGGUGACGGCGGCUCUGACGGAAGACGCGGUGGUGGUGGAGCUUCUUCUGCGCCUCAAGCACGCCGGAACGGUAGAGUCCGCCGCGAAUAUUCCUCUGUUACGGUGGGGUUCUCGUAAACCGAGGUCGAGAUUAGGCGUUGGAGGCGUUUUAAAGAAGGAAACGGAUUCGGCUAGAGCCAGUCCGAUGACUCCUCUAUGCUGGAGCGGCGGAUCUGGCAGCGGCGGCUCUUCUUGUCCCUCCGCCGAUGGAUUUGAAGACGCUAGUCGUCAGUCUACAUGCUCUACGUCUACCGGAUACGGAUCUAAGGCGUUACACGUAACAAAUGAAAUCAGCAGCUACAAGAGAUCAAAGAAACAAAAGAUCUUCUUGGACCUUAAAGAUGCAGAGAACUUUCAGUUGAAGGAAAGACUUAACCUUCAAAAGGUUUUUUUCUCUCUUUUCUUGAACUUUUGCUUAUACCAAAACCGUAUUCUUAUAGAUCUGUUAUCUUUUCAUCAGAAUAUUGCAAAUGUGCAAGCGACAUACAAGAAACGAAGUGCCAAGAACCAAAGCUUGAAGAGGAUGAAGCUUGAGUACUCAGAUCGAAUCAAGAAUAUUUCAGUUAACAGAUCUAAUCUCGACGAGACCCGGAGAAAGAGGCGGUUACCUUUCUCCAGCUCUGGAAAAGUGGUGAAAAAGGAACAUUCAUACAGAACAACAAGUGAAACUAAGAGAUCUGAAGAAAAGGGUUUCUUCUUCCUCCCUGAUCUGAACAUGACACCCAUAGAGGAAGAAGAGACCUUGUACGGGACGCGCUAAAGAAAGCUUGAAACUGCAAUGCCGUCAGGUAAUUACUAGAGAGAUCAGUGGUUUAGCUUUUUGUCCGUGGUCAGAGAAGAUGGGAGGAGUAAGCGAUGAGUUCGCCGACAAGAAUUCACACUACUCAACAAGGAUUCGAGAAGAUUUUAUGUAAGAAGAGAAAAAGGGAAUGAAACAAUGUAAUAAGAGGAUUACCAAAUAUUAUUCUCGAUUUUAUCUUCUCUGCUUAUGAAAUUAAUUUCUUGGGUA